UCGGAUCCCGCGGCAAAGUGUGAUUGUUGGCUGCUAUGCGAAUCGAGUCCUCGCCCGGCUGGAAUUCGGGUUGAAAAUCUGAAAUUAUGGCUCCCCACAAACAUUCUCGGGCGAGUCCAAGGAAACCUAAACUGGAGCAACUAAAGGCAGAUCAUGAACUUUUCUUACAAGCUUUUGAAAAACCAACUCAAAUCUACCGUUUUCUUGCUGCAAGGCACAAGAUAUCACCUGUAUUUCUGAGACGAACACUGACAUACAUGCUGAAAAAGAAACCAGUAAAGAAGAAUUUUUCAGUGGAUAACCUCUUGGAGAUGAAGGAAAAUAAGAUUAAAGAAGGAAAACAAAUACCAAGCCAUAGUGGAAAAUAUCUAAAAUUAACAUUCAACCAUUUAAAUUGGAAUGGAGAAACUUCUCAUAUGGAGAAUAGCAAAGCCACUGUUGACCUUAUUCUACUCAAAGUGUGCCACAAAAGAAGAAAGGACAUUUGUCUACCUGUCAUGAGGGUAUCUCUUGGGCAAUGCGAGAUUCCUAUAAAUCCCACUGCUGCCACCAUUAAUUCAUCUUCACACUCUAAAGAGAUGACAAUACCAAGUGGUUCCUUCACUCAUUCCAAUGGUCACACUGUACGCUCCUACAGACUCCUGAUACAGGUCUCCUGUCCCUCAGUACCAAGUCUGCCAAACGGUUGUCUUUGUAAUGGAGAUGUGGACUCGGAUUCAGAUGGCCAGCAAGCCAAGCGGAGGAAACUGAUGACAAGGUUAAAAGACAAAGAUAUGUCACCAUCUCAGCCAUCCCAGCUCUAUGAAGAUGAACACAUAGCUUCCUUUACCUCUGAGUUGGUGGUUGUUGAUAAACAGAACCGCUGUCAGCUCCUAGAUGGCAGCUAUGAACUCACACUACAGGAAGUCCAAACAAAGAGCAAAUAUCAGAGUGCAUCAUGGGAAACGAUAUCAGAUGGAAAGCCAGUAGGUCCAUUUGAAGUACCAGACCUGAGUCCAAGGCUCAACUUCAAUCUUUCAUGGCAUACUACGACGACAACAACAACAGGGGAUUCCCCAGAGACGCCUGGUAGGUCACCUGAGAGGUCAUCUCGAUCAGCUGCAAACCUUACCUCAUCACCUGACCAUUCACAUUCCAUUCAUACUACAACCAAUGCACCCGAUACAGCCAAGCAUAGUGCCUUGAUCAACGGACAAGAAACAGUACUAGAUAAAAAACUAGCCAGACGAAUCCACCCGUCAUCAUCAAACACAGGUUCGCCGUCUAGAUCUGCUUCCAAAUCUUCAGAUCCAGACACUGUUGAACACGUCUUCUAUCAAUUCCUUUAUAAUAACAACACAAGACAACAGACAGAAGCAAGGGACAACCUACGCUGUCCUUGGUGCUCCCUCAACUGUCAACGUCUCUACUCUCUGCUAAAACACCUUUCCACUUGUCACAGCAGAUUUAAUUUCACCUAUGUGCCUCAUCACAAGAAUGCGAGGAUAGAUGUUGCAAUCAAUGAACAUUAUGAUGGUUCCUACUCCGGUAAUCCUCAUAAUCUUAUUACGUCUCAUAUGGGAUACGCUUUCCAGAGGAACGGACCUUGUAGAAGAACACCUGUUACACAGAUUCUCGUCAUGAAGCCUCUCAGACAGAAAGAGACUCUACAAGAAUUUCAAGAAGGUGAAAAGUCAGACUACCUCAUGCAAAGACCAUACAUCUCAGGACAUAAUAGAACAUAUUUCCACACUCAUUCGCUGCAACCAAUCCGACCUCAGGAGAUGGAUGAAGAUAGUGAAGAUGAGAUCGACCCUGAUUGGAUCAAAGAGAGAACAAGAAUGAUGAUUGAUGAAUUCUCUGACGUGAAUGAAGGAGAAAAGGAACUAAUGAAAUUAUGGAACAACCACUGUAUGAAGCACAAUUUCAUUGCUGACUCCCAGAUCCCGAGGGCGUGCUCCUUGUUCAUCGAUGCCCACGGUGAGGACGUCCUGAGACAGAACCUAACCAGCAACUUCCUGCUUCAUCUGAUCAACCUCUAUGACUUCAGCCUCCUACAUCCACAUCUCGUCACUCGAUUCAUGAAUCAGCUUCUAAGGUCGGGUCAGCGGCGUGAUGUCAUAAGGCACCAGGUCAAUCCUGAGGAAGAGAACAGUAACCAAGGUAACCAGAUGAGAGAAGACGCCGAUAUAGGACCGCCCAUUCUCUACCCUCAGGAGGAGCUUGCCGUCAAGAGGGAUGACGUUGCCAUGGUGAUGAACAGAGAAGGGGAGAUGAGCACGGGUGGGACUAUGGAAGAGAAUCCUCUGCUGGGCAGGAGGAGCCUUGAUGAUAAACCUCAGCUGGAAAAGGCAACACCGAACAUAUCGUGCGAUGAAUCUAGUCCCAAACUUGAUAAAAGGAUUGAAGACACUGUAUGAAGAUAGGCCUUCUGAGUGGAAUGUACAGUUAUUCAUGUUUUAUAUUAGCAGAUUCAAUCAAACACCUUGACCUUCCUAGGUUGUAUCAGCCAGCCGUUUUAUCAAUUCAUACACAACACUACACAACGUGGUGCUUCACAAGCUACAUCAUACAUACAAACUUCUUGGUAUGUGCUGCAUUUGAUGAGUUGUUUUCUUGAUAUAUUCCUUCACGUUUAGCAGUCUUAGUGAGCAAGACAGUCUACUUGGAUGUCACAUCAUGAAACCUAUCUAGUAAUUAUGCAAUUUUUGUAGAAUGGACUAUAAUUCUUAUUAUCAGGAGUACACAUGAGAUAUUUGAAGGUUAUUUUCUUCCCAAUAUUUUCGAGCAUUCAUUGAAUAUCAUAAUACAUAAACCAUCUAGUUUGGAUUUGGAUUUUGAGUUUGGAUUACCCUAUUUAAUCUAAUAAACUUGGAAGUAUUUACUUCUACUAAGAGUAAACCAGGCAUGGCAAAACCCACAACAAGUUGCCAAAAAUGAAUUUUUAGUUUAAUCCCUGCUGAAGAUUCUCAGCUUAGACUAUUGGGUGAUCUUGACCAUCAUUACAAAGAGAAGAUCAUUCACUACCAUAAUAUUUUACUUAUGGGAAAAGAGGGAUUAAUAUUGACCAGUACAUUGAAGCACAAAAACCCUCACACUGCUGUGCAAUGUGAACAUUUAAAAAGUAGACACAUAUUUAGAGCAAAAUUUUAUACUGAUAUUAUUUUCAUUUUUGUUGUUGUGCUUCCAUUAAUCCUGAAGGUUAUACUCUAGGUUCCAUAAACACAUGACAAAAUAAAUCCGUAAUUCAUUUUCAGAUUUUAUCCCACACUUCUAAUCUAUGUCUACUUUUUCUUGUACAGUCUGUAUAAUAGUAUCUGUUUCCUAGACGAUCUGUAGUCUAAUUCAGGGACACUUUGUGGUCUAUUUUUUUCUGAUACACUCUGUAAUCUUUAUCCCCGAUACUUGUAUUUCUAUUUCUAAAAAAACCUUUGUUGACAAGCCUUUUUUUUUCUUGUACUCUCUGUAGUUCCUUUACUGAGAAUAUUCUGGAAAAUCUUUCCUAAUACAAUGUAUUUUUCUGAUACACUCUGGAGUGUCUUUUAAAAUCUAUACAUGUAUUUAUAUAACCUGAAAUUUCUUGAUUUUUAUUGUCUUUAUUUCCGCCCCCCCCCCCCAGAAUUCAUUCUGUGGUAAUUUUUUUUGUACACUAUGUGAAAAUCUUCUCAUAAGAUAUCAGGUUGAUAAUUACCAAUGCUGCUCAAUAACAUCACAUUAUGUCUGUUAUCCAGGAAACCAUUCUUCUCACCCUCACUUUAUUACAACACGACCAAAUCUUUCUCAUCACAAAAAUGCAAAAUGUUUAUGCUGCAUUUUCAAGAUAUUCUCUGAAGAGAUGGUCUUUUUUGUGUCGAUAUUGAUUAGAUUACUUGUAUGUCAAGCAAAUCUACCUCCUACUCAUGUACUUCUUUAAAACUUAACAAAAAAUUUUGAUUGACGCCGAGUUCAUCAUUGCCGUUCUCUGUGCAUAUAAUAAACAGUUUGAAGAUGUACAUAUUAUAAGCCCAUAUUCUGAACUCUGGGAUGAUUCAAAGUCUGAUGGGUUUUUCAUAAAGCUGUUCAUAAGUGACUUUAAGAACGACCGGUGGACCUUUCUUCCGCGCUAAAUAAUCACCAAUGAACAUUUAAUGGUGAAAGUUAUUUUACAUAAUAAAGGAUCACCAGUCGUUCUUAAAGUCACUCUUAACUUACACUUGAAUCAUUCGUAAUUGUCUGGGAAUAAUAAAACAACUUCCUUUGUCAUUAAAGCACGAGGAAACGAUAUAGUUAGCAUGAUAAAAAUACAAGUAAACCGUGACAUUUUCUAAAUUUGAACCAGACUUCAGAGUAUGGGCAAUACUGUUUGUAUGGAAACUUUGCCUUGUGGGCAGAUGAGGCACCUUGUCAAAUGCCUAUGUCGCAUCUUUUAGCUUGAAUCCCACUCGGUGUUUCUCAUCUGUAUUCCACAUUGUUCUACCUAUGCUGAAAUGUGAGGAUUCAGCAAGGAAUAUGUGCUGAGUGUAAUAGCUGCAGAAAGACUCUGUUGGCGUUUUUGUUAUUGUACCAGGUGGGUGUUUCAUAAAGCUGUUUGUAAGUUAAGAGCGACUUUAAGAAUAAUAGAUCUUUUCGUGUUGUUAAUGGUAUAUUCAUUGGCGAUGCGAAAGAAAGGUUCACCAGUCGUUCUUAAAGUCCCUCGCAACUUAUGAACAGCUUUAUGAAACGGUCCCCUGAGUCCUGUAACACCAAGGUUAGCGAUUGAUGUCAUGCUUGAUUUUCAUUAUACAUUGUAAUCAAUGCAAUCAAUCGUUAUAAGAUGUUAAAUGAUGAUUGCUAUUAAAGCUUUGUGUUUCGCGCCCCUGGGCCCAUAGAGCUUUAGUAAACUGAGCUUGGGAUUGAUGUUACGAGCGAUUAUACACAACUACCAGUGCAAUCCGUCAUCGAAUCAGCCCCAGGAUGAAUCACCAAGGUUAAUUUUAUUGUCCUGAAUUCAUAAAGGUGGUUUUAUCGGUUGAACCCACGAUUUAUGCAGAUUUCCUGUAUAAAUUACAAUUUUUUAUAUAAAAAAAUUGUCCAAUGCUGAUGCGCGCUUUUGUCACAGUGCGCCAAAUUAACGCCUGUUGCGGUGGUUAAGUAUGCUAUUGUAUUCAUGAGUCCACUGUUUGAAGAGUCGACUCAUGAAUUAAAAAAAGUGUACUCAUGAAUAAAAUAGCGUGGAUAACCACGGCAACAGGCAUCAAUUUAGCACACUGUGACAAAAUCGCGCAUCAGCCAUUUUUUAAUAUACGCUGUAAAUUAAGGAUAAUUUAUAUUGGAAAUCUGCUUGAACCAUGGGUUCAGUCGAUUGCUUUAAAAACAACCUUUAUGUAUUCGGGCCAUUGAGACCGACUAUUAAUGAAUUUUGUCAAUUAAAUGUUCAUACUCAUUAAAAAAGAAACGAAAACAUUUUUAUACUAGUCUUAGGAGUUAGGAAAUGCUCAGUGAUAUGCAACAAAAAUAACUAUUUGUGGAAAAUCAUGUCUUCACCAAUUUUCUGCCUAUUGUUUCAUACCCAUGCACGAUUUCUGUGAAAUCUUAAUCAAAAUAAUUUUUAAUAGAUGAGCUGUAUCUGUGCUCUAGUGUGUAGUGUUGGCUUGACUUGAAUACAAAUGAAGCAUAUUGCAAACAAGUGUGUUCACUCCUAUAACAUGCACAAUGUGCAUGUUUGGAAUCUACUUGUUUGACAUAAAGGGGUAAUUCAGCUUCAUAUCUAUGUAUUUCAUGGUGUUAAAAAUUGCUUCAACUUUGAAUACUGUAUUCGAAUUAUGUGAUUUCAGCUUUGACCAAUUUAUGAUAUUGGCCUGUAUUCUGAACUCUGGUUAAUAUAAAAAUCUAAUGUGGUUACCUAUGUGUAACCAGGGCUCCGUAACACAAAGGUUUGCGAUGAAUUCCAAGUAUGAAAGAACUGCACUGAUUGGUUCCCAGUCAGUAUUCUAAACAGAGUGCGCGUGCAGCAACGAUCUUGAUUGGUCAUUGAUAUUUAGCGAUUGCAAACCUUUGUGUUACGGGGCCCAGGUGUGAUGCAAAUCCCCAUAAUUAAACUACAUGUACCAUCUCAUUUCGCACUCAAAACAUCACAGACCAUCUAAAAAUGAUAAAUAUGAUAGUAAUUUUUUUCACUUUUUUAACAUUGGAAAAGUUCAAAUAAAUUGGUAAUAAGCAAACAGUAUGAACAUGUGUUUUACACAGCUUUAACAGCUUCCAAUAAAAUUUUAGCCCAGACUUUAUAUCAUGAUUUAAGUUGAACUGGAGCUCAGAAUACUGGCUGGUUUGUUUUGAAUACUGUUAACAUGUUUCAGUUGUGUGUUGAAAAGAAGUAAUUUCGUAUAUCAUGAAUCAGUGAUCAGACUAGUCUCGUACUUCAGACUACGAAUUAACAAAGGUGUGUGUAUAUAAAAUGAAGUAUGUACAGUCUUAUGAUAAUUGUUUGUUGUAUCAUUGUAUGAAAAAGUUUAUUGUAAACUAGACAUUAUUUUGUUCAUGUGAAUGGUAUCAAAUUUGAAGGGCUAUUGUUGGUAUGUUGUCAUACAACAUUCCUCAAGUCUACAUGUCAUCUGAAUUUGUCUUUUCUAUUGCCUUUUUCAAUUCUGUAAAUUUGCUGUAAAUUCUGGCAUUGAUACUAUGCACUGGAUUGAGAUUAAAUGUGAAAACUGUUUUGACAAAUA